AUGUAUGAAAGUAUCAGCGGGUUGGGAUCAGUUUCAUCACGGUUGUUUAUCAACAUUGCGAUGAUUCUUCUGAUGAUUCAUGUGGUUGCUUGUGCAUCAUCAACAUUCGGAAAUAUUAAAAUUGAUGAUCGGACCAUACGAGAACCCAAUGUCAUUACUUCUCGACCUGAAAAUAAUAUUCAUCACGACCAAACAGUGAAAAGAAAUGAUCCAUAUAAAUUCUCUUGGGCUAUUCCCACUUCCCAAUAUAUUGUCAUGACUAGAUCUGAUACAUCAUCGGGAAUGAGUGGAAUUUUGCAAUUGAAGAAUGGUACUGGAGGACCUUAUGGAAAUGAUAUCUCACAAUUGCUAUUUACUGUCACAUACAUGACUGAUUCGAUUGUUCAUAUUAAAAUCACUGACAAGGAUCAGAAGAGAUGGCAGGCAGAUAAAUAUGUAUUGAAUGAAAACUUGACAAAUUUGAAAAAGUCAGCUGUUGGAAAUAAGUAUCAAGUGACAAUCGCCAAGGUUGGAGAACCAUUCUAUUUGACCAUACGUCGAAGUGUUGGACAAUCGGCACCAAUUUUUGACACCACAAAUAGACCUUUCAUUUUCAGUGAUCAGUACAUUAGUAUUGGUACAGCUCUUGCACCAGAUUAUUAUGGCGGAGAGCCAAAUAUUUAUGGAUUGGGAGAACGCAUUGAUUCUUUCCGUUUGAAUAUCACUGAUAAUGAAUUUAUCAUUUGGAACAAUGACAAUGGAAAUUCAGAGAAAAUGAACUUGUAUGGAAGUCAUCCAUUCUAUCUCUAUGCCACCCCAAAUUCUGAAGCUCAUGGAGUUUUUCUUUUGAACUCGAAUGCUAUGAGCAUCAGAACAGAGUAUCACUCUUCUGCCAAAUAUUUGCAAUAUCAAACGAUUGGUGGAGUUUUGGAUUUCUACUUUUUCCUUGGUCCAUCCUCUGAGAAUGUUAUUCAACAAUACCACAGCAUUAUAGGAAAACCACAUUUUCCACCAAUGUGGGCUUUUGGUUUCCAUCAAUGCAGAUGGGGUUAUCGAACUUUGGAUGAAGUGAAGGCUGUUGUUCAAGGUUAUGACAACAAUCAAUUGCCACUCGAUGCCAUGUGGACUGACAUUGAUUACAUGUAUCAAUAUUGGGAUUUCACAUUCGAUCCAACACGUUUUCCAAUUAAUGACGUUCGAAACUUUGUCACCAAUGAUUUGAAGCAAAAAGGAAGGAAAUAUGUGGUCAUUGUAGAUCCUGGUAUUCCUAUUGUGGAUUUAACAAAGAACAGUUACGAGCCAUAUGAAUUGGGUCUUUCUCUUGGUAUUUUCAUCAAGCAAGGCUCCUCAAAUAGUUAUGUGAAUCACACUGUAUGGCCAGGUAAUUGCUAUUUCCCUGACUUUUCCAAUCCAAUUUGUAAAGAUCAAUAUUGGAAGCCACUCAUUCAUGGAUUUUUGUCACUUGCAGGAGUUGGAGGUCUUUGGAUUGAUAUGAACGAACCAGCAACCUUAGACUUCUUUAUUCCAAAUCAAAAUAGUCUUAAUUAUCCACCAUUUGUUCCAGGAGCAAGCAAUGAACCACUCUUCCACAAAACCAUUGAUUUGGAUUCGAGAAUGAGUGCCACUACACACUACAAUGCUCACAAUUUGUAUGGGUUUUUAGAAGCCAAAGCAACAGCAGAAGCUCUAAAAACCUAUUACAACAAGAGACCUUUUGUGUUAACAAGAAGUAGCUUUGCUGGAAGUGGUCACUAUGUAUCUCAUUGGACUGGAGACAAUGACAGCACAUUCGAAAGUAUGAAAACGUCCAUUGCGUCCAUUCUUUUGAAUAGUAUGUUUGGUUUUGCACAUGUCGGUUCAGAUAUUGGCGGUUUCAAUGGUGAUACCACAAAAGAGCUCUUAAUUCGAUGGAUGCAAUUAGGAUCACUCUAUCCAUUCAGUCGCAAUCACAAUGCCAUUGGUAACAUACCUCAAGAACCUUUUGCAUUUGAUCAACAAACAACUGACAUUUCAAGAAAAUACUUAUUGAACAGGUAUUCAUUACUUCCUUACAUUUAUACCACUCAUGCAUUGGUUCACAUGAAUGGUGGUGUAGCCGCUAAACCACUCUUCUUUGCAUUCCCAUAUGAUAAGCAAGGGAGGAGCCACUAA